GGCGAUUAUGAUCCUCACAAACAGUUGUGUUUUGCUCGCUUUUCAACUCGCCAUAACUGCUUUAUUGCUCAUCGGAAUGUAAUAGUUGCAAACAAUUGAGUCACAUGGAUUAUUGUUGUUGUUGUUUUUCUCAAACGGAUGUCUUUAUUGCCACACAGCUACUCCUUCUCCAGGUGUGCCAAAUGUUGUUCUAGGCUUUGGCAUGUCUUAAGAAAUCCAGAGUUUCAAAUAAUGAUGAUAUAGUAACAAUAGAUCGUUUCAGACACUUGUGUUUAUCCCAGUGCAUUACAAUUUGCGUUGCAUUCCUCAUUUCUUUUCUGACAUUAAUUUGGCAUGGCCUGAAUUAAAUCAAUAAUAGAAUACAGUUCGUAUUAUGAUUCAUCAUCUUUUGAAUAUGAAGUAUGCGGAUGUCAGCGCGUGAUUGCGAAAGGACUUGAAUUUGCAUAAAAGAAGCGAGAGGAGUUUGUCUUCAAAAUAAAAGUAUUACGUCCAAGUUCAGUCAGAAUGCUAUUGUAUUAAACCAUGCCAUAUUUUAUUUUGAAAUGUAAAGGAAAUGACGCGCCCCGAGAGAGCGAAAGCGCAUCUACUGGUCCGUGGCAUCCCAAGCAAUUUCUGGUUGAUGCUUUAUGUAGGUCAGAUUUCGGAAUUUCCCAAUUGCAACCAUUAAACAAGAUGCAAUCUGAAACUUUGCUACACUUGGUCAAUUUUUCUAUAUUAUUGGUGUGCAUGGUGCUGAAGUUCCCACAGAUCUUCGUACUGUUGCGAGCCAAAUCCACAACUGGAAUCAGCCUCAAAAGUCUUGUGCUCGAAAUUAUCGGCUACAUUGUAUUUAUUACAUACGCCAUGUAUUAUGACUACCCAUCUCCAACCUACCUGGAAUAUCCUAUUCUCAUUGCGCAAGAUGCCGUUCUCCUGCUCCUGAUUUUAUUCUACAGUGGCCGGCUGCAGGACAGCCUGGUGUACGGCGUUAUCUUGGUCGUGGGUUGGCGGCUCCUCACCGUGGAAAAAUGGAUCAUCGAUUUUGCAAUGAGCCUGUGCACGCUCAUUAGCGCCGCCAGUAAGUUUGCCCAACUGCAGUGUCUGUGGAGGUCAAAGGACUCUGGACAGGUGAGCGCCCUCACCUGGGCGCUAGCCACCUACACAUGCGCAAAUGACAUCUCUUUGCAGCCCGGAUUUACACCACCAUAGCGACAACUGGAGACAUGCAGGUUCUGGUUCGUUUCAUGGUCAUGACCUUGCUGAACCUGUGGGUGCUUCUCAGCGUGCUCCAUUACCGAAGAAGCGGCCGCAGCUCCAUCAAAGCGGACUAAGCACUUUGGAGAGCAAUGUUACAGCGCAAGAUCGAGUCUGGCAACGGGUUACAACUCUUAAUAGCUUUCCUACCUGUACAAUGUGCUUUGAACUCCCUUUGUUAUUCUUUUUCAAGAACAUUCCAAUGGGCUGAAAGAAAGAAAAGAUGUUUUAUGACGCUGUAAAUAGUUUUGGAGUGGGAAAGGACAAACAUGACUUUCCAGCUCAGGAUAAAUGACCGUUUUUAAUGUUCUUUUCCACACUCUAUUUAAAUAAACCUGAACUUUUACUGCC